AUGGUGGCGGGGACGAUGGACCCUGUGUUUUUGAGCAUGUCGCGGCUGCGGCGAAGGAAGUACGACGCGUGCAUCGAGAAGUGCACGGAGCUGCUGGAGCGCAACCAGUACGACCAGGCGGUCUGGUACCUCAAGGCUCGCGCACUGACCUUGCAGAGCUACAUCGACGACACCGAGGUCGAAGAGGAGGGCCUCGCCGACGUCCUCAUGGACGAGAACGCGCUCAACUCGAUGCCGCGGCCCGGCACGUCCCUCAACCGCCCCAAGACAUCGAGCGUCGGCCAGGUCAACCAAGGCGUGCGGCCAAUGACCCAAAGCGGCCGCCCCGUCACAGGGUUCGUGCGGCCGGGGACGCAGGGGCGGCCGGUGAGCGGGGCGCCGGGCGCGCCGGCGACGGCGAGCCAGCGGCUGUCGACGGCGUACCGCAACGCGCGGCCGGGGACCACGCGGCCGGUGACCGCGUCGGGGCGCUUCGUGCGGCUCGGCACGGCGUCGAUGCUGACUCAGCCAGGGGGGAUGUUCAUCGACGUGGAGCGCCUCAACCUGGCCAAGUACGCCAGCCGCCCGCACCUCUCGCGCGCCCUCUGCGACUACAUCCUCUACCACGAGCGCAACCCGCGCAAGGCCGUCGAGCUCGCCGCACACGCCACAAAGUUCCUGGACUACGAGGACUGGUGGUGGAAGGCCCGGCUCGGCAAGGGGUACUACCAGCUCGGCCUCCUGCGCGAGGCGGAGCAGCAGUUCCUCUCGUCGAUCCGCUCGCUCUCCGUGACCACGCCCAUCAUGGAGCUGUGCAAGUGCUACGUGCGCAUGGACCAGCCGAACACGGCGAUCGAGCACUUCGAGCGCGGCCUCGCGGCCCACCCGAGCGACACCGACCUCCAGCUCGGCAUCGGGCGCCUGCACGACGCGCUCAACAGCCUCGACAGGGGCGUCGAGGUGUACCGGCGCGUGCUGUACUGGGACGCGAGCAACGUCGAGGCGAUCGCGUGUCUCGGCGCGCACAGCUUCUACUCGGACCAGCCGGAAAUCGCGCUUCGGUUCUACCGUAGGCUGCUGCAGAUGGGGGUGUCGAGCACGGAGCUGUGGAACAACCUCGCGCUGUGCUGCUUCCACGCGGGGCAGUACGACAUGACGAUCAUCUGCUUCGAGAAGGCGCUGCAGCUCGCCGGGGACGCGGAGGGGGCCGACAUCUGGUAUAACAUCGGACAGCUCGCGCUCGGCAUCGGCGACCUCGGGCUCGCGUUCCAAGCCUUCAAGAUCGCGGUGUCGCUCGACAGCCAGCACGGGGAGUCCUUCGCGAACCUCGGCGUGCUCGAGAUGCGGCGCGGGAACGAGGAGGCGGCCAUCAACAACAUCCGCGCCGCGACGACGGUCAACCCGAGCCUGUUCGAGCCGGUGUACAACCUCGCGCUGCUGCUGUACCGCACGGGGGACUUCCAGGAGGCGUACCGGCAGGUCAACAAGGCGCUGGAGAUCUACCCGGACCACACGGAGUCCAAGGAGCUGCAGCGCACCAUACGACAAGCCUUCACGUCAGUCUGA